GGAGCCGAGCUGGCGCAGCAUGGCGAGUAGCAGCGAUCACGAGCACACAGCCAGUGAAGCCACACACCAUGGAGGUUCUAAGCACCAUGACCUUGAGGAUUUAGAAAAUAAAGCAGAUGAACCCAUCUCUCAUGGGUCCUGCGCUCCAUUGUCCCCCAGUCAGGGAGCUCUGCCGCUGAAGGUGAUGCCUGCUCCUCCGCCAAAGGAGAACGCCUGGGCAAGAAGAAGCACAGGGGGCGGAGCUAACACCACAACUUUAACUGCAACCAGCAGUGGCGAUGUAGCUCACAAGGGGAGCAGCUCCUCAAGUUCAGACGAGCAUGUGUCUGGUAAAGAUGAGAAUUGGUUGGACGGUGUAGGACGGGAGAAAGGCGUGUCUCACGGACAAGGGGGCGGGGCAGUGAGAGGAGCAGGGCGGGUCGAGGAGAUGACCGUGGAGGAGGGGAUGGACCUAACAAAGACAGAAGACAAGAUUCAACAGACAAGAAGGAGAGCAGGCGAGAGCCCAGACCUGCACCAGAGCCAAAGAAGUUUGAGGAUACUGUAGCUCCGAUUGGUUUUUUGAGUACUAGAAAGUCUGGAUGAACCGAGAUGGCGAGCCUAGCCUGCGAGACUGGUAGAUGAUCUUUAACGGAGUGGCCAGCCGUUGAUUUUUCACCAGAGGAAUCCUGAUUUACGUCGAGAGUGCCAGUUAAGGCAUUAUUCACACACAGUAGUGUUACAAUAAGUGCACUGGAGGACAAGGAAAUUAAUGUUCACUUAAAUACACAUUCACCGAACUUUGGAUCCAUAUUCCACAUUCACUUACGGAACCAAUUGAACAUUUAAGGGGGAUUUAUUUUUCUAUUAUUUUAAAGAGUUCUUUUUCGUUUCAACAUUAUUGUACCAAUUAUUUUCACUGUUGUAAGAAGGCAAUAAAAUUGUCAGUUGUUCAACUCAAUCGGGGCUUCCCUUGUGAAUUGGCCCAACCUACCUCUCAUCGAACCUAAGUAGAUGUUAGCAUCCUUUAGUUACUUCCAUAAGAUCAACACAAUAGGCGCUACACAAGCAUUGGUUAGAUCUCUUUCCAUUGUACCUUGAGAACACAAGAUUGAUUGUACUUGUUAAAUAUAUUUGUUUUGUUUUUUUCCCUUUUUGUAAAUAUUACCUAAAGUUGUAUUGCUGUUUUUCACAUUUGAUUAUGCUUUUUAUACAUUUUUUUUUUAAAUUUUA